CUGCUGCUACUUACGGCUCCUUGCUGGAGCCGCUUGGACUCGCUCCGGGUCCCCGUCCCCGCGCGCCAUGGGUCCCGCGCGGCGGAGCGUCCCCGCAGCGCUGCGUUUCCUUGGCGGGCUAAGCGUGCCGCUGCUGCUGCUGCUGCUGCUGUGUCCACCAGCCGCGCAGGGUGACUGCAGCUUGCCCCCAGAGGUACCUAAUGCCCACCCAACUCUGAGUGAUCGUGAUCUUAAGAGUUUUCCUGAAGGAACCACAGUAACAUACAAAUGUAAUGAAGGCUUUGUAAAAGUCCCUGGCAAGCCAGACUCCGUGAUCUGUCUCAGUAACAAUCAAUGGUCGGAGGUGGCAGCAUUUUGUAACCGUAGCUGCGAUGUUCCACCCAGGCUACGUUUUGCAUCCCUCAAGAGGUCUUUUAGCAAACAGAAUUAUUUCCCCGAGGGUUUCGUUGUGGAAUACGAUUGCCGUCCGGGCUACAGAAGGAACCAAACUCUCUCAGACAAACUAACUUGCCUUCAGAAUUUUACGUGGUCCACACCAGAUGAAUUUUGUAAAAAAAAAUCCUGUCCUACUCCUGGAGAUAUAACACAUGGUCAUGUCAGUAUAACAACUGACAUAUCAUAUGGUGCAUCUAUUUUCUUCUCGUGUGACACAGGGUAUAGGCUAGUAGGUUCAGCUUCUAGUUACUGUUCCCUUGCAGACCAGGCUGUGGAGUGGAGUGACCCAUUGCCAAAAUGCGAAGAAAUUGUUUGUCCGGAACCACAAGAAAUUAGCAACGGAAUCAUUCAAAAUCCACGGAAAACCUAUGUGUAUCAACAGUCUGUAAAAUAUCAGUGUAAUCAAGGCUUUACCCUGAUCGGAGAGAACUCUAUUUAUUGUACUGUCAAAGAUGACCAAGGAGCAUGGAGUGGCCUGCCCCCUGAAUGCAAAGAAAAUUCCCAGAUUUCUAAGGGCAUGCCAACAGUUCAGAAGCCUUCAAUGGCAAGUGUUCCAAGUACGAAAGUCCCAUCAGCUCCUCAGAAAACCACCACAGUGAAUGUUCCAGGUACUAAAGCCCCAUCACCUCCUCAUAAAACCACCACAGUGAAUGUUCCAGGUACUGAAGCCCCAUCAACUCCUCAGAAACCCAUCAUAGAAAAUGUUCCAGGCACUGAAGCCCCAUCAACUCCUCAUAAACCCACCACAGUGAAUGUUCCAGGUACUGGAGCCCCAUCAACUUCUCAGACACCCACCACCACAAAUGUUCCAGGUACCAGAGUCCCAUCAGCUCCUCAGAAACCCACCACCAUAAAUGCUCCAGCUACAAAGGCCCCAUCAAUUCCUCAGAAAUUCAACACAGUAAAUGUUUCAGCUACAGAAGUCCUUUUACCUCCUCAGAAAUCCAACACAACAAAUGCCUCAGCUACAAAGUCCCCCUCAACUCCUCAGAAACCUGACACAAUAAAUUCUUCAGCUACAGAAGCCCUACCAACUCCUCAGAAACCCAGCAUAGUAAAUGUUUCAGCUACAAAGGCCCCAUCAACUUCUCAGAAACCCAACACAAUAAGUUCUUCAGCUAUGGAAGCCCUACCAACUCCUCAGAAACCCAACACAAUAAAUAUUUCAGCUACAAAGCUCCCAUCAACUCCUCAGAAACCUGACACAUUAAAUUCUUCAGCUACAGAAACCCUACCAACUUCUCAAAAUCCCAGCACAGUAAAUGUUUCAGCUACAAAGGCCCCAUCAACUUCUCAGAAACCCAACACAAUAAGUUCUUCAGCUAUGGAAGCCCUACCAACUCCUCAGAAACCCAACACAAUAAAUAUUUCAGCUACAAAGCUCCCAUCAACUCCUCAGAAACCUGACACAUUAAAUUCUUCAGCUACAGAAACCCUACCAACUUCUCAAAAUCCCAGCGCAGUAAAUGUCCCAUCAACUUCUCAGAAACACAACACAGUAAGUUCUUCAGCUACUAGAGCCCUACCAACUCCUGAGAAACCUACCACUGUAAAUGUUCCAGGUACAAAAGCCCUACCAACUCAUCAGAAAUCCACCAAAAUAAAUUCUUCAACUACAAAGUCCCAACCAACUCCUCAGAAACCUACCACAGCAAAUGAUUCAGCCACAGCCAAAAAAUUCCCUGUAUCAAAUGCUGUAUCUACAGAGACCCCACCGGCAGCCCAGAAGCCCAUCGUGGCAAAUGCGUCUGCUACACAGACCAUACCAGCAACCCAUAGAUCCACCACAGCAAAAAUUUCAUUUACACAGAGUGUUCCAGCAACACAAAAGUCCACCGCUGUCCAUGCCCCAGCGACUAAGGGUUUCCAUACAACAAAAAGAUUGACCUCUGCUCAUAUUACAGCAAAACAGACUUCAGCUGUUGUUCCCAGGACAACCACGCACUUUCGCUCAACAAGCUCGCAUAAAGGAAGAGGAACUCCUUCUUCAGAUGCUAACAUCGCUGCAAUUGCAUCUGGACUACAUUUCCACUUUAUUAACAAUAUAAGUGAGACCUUUUGAAGUGAGGAGACAAAUUCACAUUUCUUCCGAAAAAGCAUCACUAAAUUAACAUCAGAGCUUGUAUGUGGAAUCUGACUUGGGUUCUUCAGGAAUGGAGAAGGCACUCCAUCUGAUAUAAAUUGGGCUUGAAUAACUUCAGGUAUUUUUACUGAGAAUACUAGAAACAGUUAAAAUCAUGACCAGAGCCUGGGGUUAGAAAUACGUUUUUCUACAGUAAUAAACCGAUCACCUCACCGUUUUUUGGUCUCAGUUUUCUCUUAUGUAAAAAGAAGAUCCAUCAUUCAGCGUAAUUUAAUAAAUAUUUACUAAACACUUCCUACUAUUUGCCAAGUACUGCACUAGUUAUUGGAGUAACGGGAUACAAGGUGGCAAACAGCUUUGUGAUGUUUUAAACACUAAGUAUCAUUCUAUACAAUGAGGACCAUUGCUAAAACACUCCUUUUACUUGGCAGAAACCCAUUUUGUAAAAUUAUAUAAUUUUCCUACCUAAAAACUUUUCAGUUAAUGACUAAGAAUGUGGCUGUCAUAAUCAUAAUCUCAUUGCCUCAUUUAUUCCAAGUGGUAAGUCUUAACACCCUUGGGUUGGUUUUCUGUAGAUACCAAGUGAAUUUUGAGAAUGUAACUAUUGCCUUUAUACCUUAAAGUUUUCUUUGCUUAUAAUUUGGAGGGUAAUACUCUUAUUAUUUACUAAAGAAUCGUUUAUGUAGAAUCCUGUUUCUCCUAUUUCUGUAUUUUAUUCUAGUCCCCAGUGAAAACACGAGUCUCCACACACAUUGUUCUAGAGUUACAUGCGUUGAUCAGUGUUCUAAGAGUAAGAUUUUAGUUCUGUCGUCCAGAUACUCUGGAUGACUUUGAAAUUUUCUAUCUUCAUUUAUCAUUCAAAUUGAAAAUGGGAUGGUUUUUCAACAAUUGAAAAUGGCAGAGGUUAAUGGGGAGUGACGGAGGGAAAAGAAACCCCAAAUUUUUGAGGAGCCAUGAUAUAUUUUAUGAAUACAGUCUUUCCAUGCUAAUGAUGUGCUAGAGAAUCAGUUAAAGAAAUUGAUUGGGUAAAAUACUGUAAAAACUUAGCUGUGGUAGAAAUAGCUGUUUUGUUAAAUCAUGUAUUGAUACGACAGUGCGAUUGUGUGACAUCUGUAGUUUGCUGAUUUGGAACCGAUUUGUGAUUUGGCCACAUUUAACCUCACUCAGUUGCUUUCCUUUUGUUAUCUGUAGUUGCCUAUGCAAUACAGAUCUAAAUAAUAGAUUUCAAGGACCCUAGAGGGUGAAGUAGGGAGGAAAAGGGAGACCAAGAAUGGCAUAGACAAAGGGCAAAUGGGUGGGUUUUGAGAAGAAAGAUUAUGUGUAAAAAUCAAACUAAAAAGUAUUGUUGACCAACUUAUUUGACCAAUUGUUGUUCUAUCGUUCAACUCAAAAUAGUGCAUUUAAUCCUAAAAGUAAAUAUUAGCUUUCCUAACUGAAAUUUUAUCUACAAAAGACUAAACACUGGAGGGCUUAUUCUGUAAGCAAAGUAAAUAUGUUGUACCCCCCCCCCCCAUGCACAGGUGAUCUUACCUUUCCUGUGAUGGAGAAAGGCCUACAUCCCUUAUCUUCACUAUGAACUAAGUGGCCUUCCCAUUAACAACCACAGAUGUAACUCUCACCUUUCUGAAACUCACAUUACUCAUCUGCAAAAUGAGAGUGAACUUCAAGAUACCUCCUAGUGCUAAAAUUACAUAAGGCAGUCAUCAUAAAAUUGAACAUGGUCAGGUUGAAACACUUCAUUAUCCUCUCCAAUCCGUUAAACAAAUUUUAUUUGAGCAUGGUGAUACUUUAAAUAUUUUAUUUCAUUUUGCUUUGAAAGAAAGCAGGAAAAGUACCAUGCAAUUUUUACUGUCAAACGUGACAUAAAAAAGCUAUAGACAAACUGUCAUUCAUGGUCUCCUAUUUUUCUUUAACUUGUCUCAUAUCCAAUGUAUUUGUCAUUGUGAAACUGCAUUGUAUAUGUAAUUGUUCAUGUUUCUAUUAACUGUGUUACUAAAUUUUUUCCUCCUCAAGGACUUGUUGCUGGUACUGUAAUUGGUACCCUAAUUCUAGGCAAAAUUGUCUGGCACUAUGGAAAAUCAGGGUGAGCAGAAAUUCUGAUGAUUUAAAAAAAAUUGUUCUUAGCUUCUUUCCAGUAAAACCUGACACUGUAUCAGAAGGUAACUUUCUUAGCUUCAUUGUAUGCUUUGAAAUCUAUCUCUUUAUUCCUUUUCUCUGUAUUUACAACCCUGGGUCAACAGACUUUGUGUCUUUUUUUUUUUUUUAAUUUUUCAGUAAAUUCAAGGACAUUAACAUUUCAAAGGCAAAUGAUUUGAAAGCCAAAUUCUCACUUUGCCAUCCAUUAAUCAAAUCACCUUGUGUCCCUACUCAGUACAAUUUAUGAUAGGAUCUGUGUGUUACACAGAGCAAAACCCCAAGAAAAGUCAGACUCUAACAUAUUGUUAACGUUGUCUGUGGGUAGCCUUUUUCUGAGUCGUAUUUAUUAAAACACACCAAAACAGCUAAAAACAGCCCAUUGGUUAGGAGGGCGGGCUCAGGAGCCUGACCACUGGCUUUAAUCCACCUGGCUCUACACUUUAUGUGCCAUGUGACAACGGGUAACUUCAUCUCUCUAAUGCCUCCGUUUUCUUAUUUGUGAAGUGGGAGAGGCAUAGUACCUGCCUCAGGGGAUGGUAGUAAGGAUCAAAUGAGUUGCCCGCCAUAAAGAAGAAGGUAGAAUGUUGCUUGGCACGUGGAAAGCCCUCAGAUGGUAAAACAGCAACACAUUAAAAAAAAAAAAAAAGUCGGUAUGAUUUGGAACAUCUGACCUGCACUAAACGUAUUUUAAGUAUGAUGCCUUGGUUGGCUCUGACAUUUCCUGUCAACAGAGGAUUAUUUAACUUGACCCUCCUCUGUUCAGAAAACUUACUGUAGAGUUCAUAUAAACUUGAAUUAUUUCUAAACUGCCCUAAUGCCUA